GUCUCCUGCCAGCGAUGCACUGAGCCGCGCCGGCGGCCGCGCCUGUUGCUCUUGCGCUCGCCGGCUCCCGCGGCGCCGGACUCCGGGCGCAAGGCACCGCCUCGCCGGUUUCUCGCAGACAGCCCUGGGCCGGCUGCCGCACCGGGGAGAUGUCCGGCGGCCGGAGGAGGAGCGGCGCUCCCUGGCACAGUCUCUCCCGGUUCUUCGCUCCUCGAAGCCCUUCCCGGGACAAGGAAGAGGAAGAGGUGGAGAGGCUGGGGACGAGCCAUAUGCCGGCUCCCGGCCGGGGCGCUGCCAGUGUUGAAAAUGAGCCCAUGAGCACAAGUCAGAAAAAUGAAAAUGUACAUUCAUCAGAAGCAGUAAAGAUUCCCCAAAGUGAAGACAGAAGGAGCAGUGCUGAGAAGCCAAUUACUCCUCCAACGCAGGAAGAUUCCAAAAAGCCAAAUGAUCUGUCCAGUUCUGCUUCAGACACCAAAAUAGGAGAAGGUGAUAGACAGCCCAAAGAAAGCUUUUUCCAGUUUCUUGGUAACCUAUUUAAUAUCUCAGGAAAAUCAUCUCUUGGUGAAACUAAACAGUCUUCUUUCAAAGAUGGUCAUGACAAAACUGAGAAAGAUUUAUCAAGUCUCAGUGACCGGCAUGAGGAAGGAAUCACAAGGGAGAAGGAGAUUUUCAGUGGCUUCUUUGGAGCUCAGGUGCUUCCAGUAGAGGAACAAAAUUCCACCUCACCUGAACUCUCAGAUGCCUUUUCUUUGAAUACAACACAAGACAGUGAGCAGGAAACCAAUGAUUUGCUAAAACAAGUUGAUGGUAAACCAGAGAGGCCUUCAGUAACACAUGCAACAUACCGGGGCCCCAGGCAAAUCAGGAAAUAUUUAAAGAAACAGAGAGCGCUAGAUACUGUGCAUCACUUGGAUGGAGAAAAUGAAAGUUCUGACUCCAGUACAAGCAUACACACUGGCCCUGGAAGUGAGAUUGCAGCUGGGAUAGCUCCAUCAUUGUCGUCGACGAGCAUAGACACAUCUGUGAAAGGACGUUUGCUUGGAGGUCUGUUAGAAGACUCUGGUGGUAGCAGAAUAAAUUUCAACACAGAAAGCCAUCAGACAAACAACCCAGAACUGCAAAAUAUUGCUUCUUCUAAGCAUGUUUUAAAUAAAAAUGAUCCUGGGGGACCUGAGGGAAGUAGGUCAUCCCCUUUUUCUCUGAGUAACUCCAAGUCUGCCACUGGAGAAAAUGACUCACAGCAGCAUUUAAGUUGUGUACCAGUUUCUCAGACUGACAGAAGUUUGGUAUGUUCAGCUUUGUUUACAGGAAGUAACAAUAGCAGAGUUUCUUGCAGUCCAGAUUUUCAGAGGAGAACAACAGAAAAUAGGGUAGAAGAAAACAGUUGCGUGAGGAGAGAUGGGACAUUGUUGCAAAGAGGAGAGCGCAUUGAGCCUCAGAGCCCUGCUACUUCUGAUUUCUCUUGUGUUAAAGCUGAUGGGAGUGACACUACCAAACAGGAAAGUACAAAUUCCCCAAGUCCAAAUAAAUCAAUUAGGCAUGAAGAUCUGCAGUUACCGGAGAGUAAGUAUUCUGACACACAACCCAUAGAUAACUCAUCAAAGCUGGCUGCCAAUCACACCAGCACCAUUGCUCUUGAGACACAUACUGUGACAGACACAGAAUGUGCACAUGAAGAAAACCUGUCUACUGCCCGAGACUCACAAAUAAAUUUAGCUGUUACAGAAAUCAGGCAAGAAACAGAAAGCACCUCAGCUGGUGAACCCACAACUUCAAGUAAUGCUCCAAAAAGUAGAAAUGAGUCAUUACUCAAAGACACUGACCAGUUGCUUGCAACAGAAACCAAAAAGCUUGAUUUUAGGCCAUGUGACAUAACUUCUCAAACUGUUAGAAUAAAUCAAAAGGACUCUGCCUCUUUAAAAUCUAUCAGUGUAUCAGCAGUUGUAGCAUGCUUAAAAGAUAAAAUAGCACCUGAACUAAAUUUUGAAAUUAAUAGAAAUCACAUUUCAGAAUCUCCUCUUGACCCUCAGAGUCCUCAACAAGCCACAGUAUCACUGGAUGCUAAAAAAUCUCUUACCCUAGACUGUAAAAAAGUGAAUUUCAAUACUUCACCUCCUACCUUUGUUUCUGGAGCUGGCAUGCUGAGCAAGUUGGAGAAUUCUGUUUUAAAGGAUGAGGGUUCUGUGCUCAUUGAAACUGGGGGCAUCAACACUGCUGGUAUUUCCUAUCAGUGUCAAGAAGAAAAUGUGGCAGAUCGUGUUGAAGCUGCAGACAGGAAAAGUCCUCCUUCUUCCCUCCACCUUGAGCAUGCACCUGCAGUUUUUGAAUCCAAGGCAGCUUUUCCCAAUUGUAAAGAACACCAGGUUCCACUGGGUCCUGAAAAAAGUGAUGCCCACUUAACUGGAGUGGACCGGUUGAGCUCUGAGUCUGGAAGGCUGUAUAAGGACCACAGUUCAGUUUCAUCUCAAGGGCCUCAUAAAGCAAAGCUAACUCCUUCAAACAGUAAAGCCAAUAACAGCACUAUAGAUAAGUCUGAUUCUCUUUCCUUGGAAACCAAAACUGAUAACAUUGCUAAAAUAUUAUCAAAAACUGAAGUUGAUGAUCAUAAUAGUGUUCCUGUUAAGUCAUGUUCUGGAAGAAGAAAAGCUAUAGCCCUACCCAAGAUUUCUGUUUCCCAAACAGAGCCCAGAAUUAUUUCUCAGGAUAAAAUUUCUUCUUCAUCUGAAGUUGCAGAUGUGCCAGCAAAGUCUGUUUUGUCAGAAUUGACUUCUUUAGACAAAAGUUUUCAAUCCAUGGGUCAAGAGAUUGAAGAGAAAUGUUCAGAUUUGGGCCAUAAAGAGAAUUGCCAAGGCGAAGUUUCUCCUUCUGCCUCCAAAUACCAAGGUAUACAGGAGCCAGAGGUAGAAGCUUUAGGUGAUCCUCCUGCUCUUCUUUUACUUCCUGUUCAUGACGAAAAAGUCACUAGGCAAAUGGCACAGAAUUAUGAAACUAACACUUGCUUGAUUUGUGAACCUUCAGAGAUUCAUGGCACCAAAAACGUUUCUGGGCUCUCAGAAAUGGCAGAACUCAGCUUAACUAAUAUUUUCCCAAAAUUCCAAGAAACCGACAGCACAAAAGUAAAUUCACCUUUUCUGGUUUCUGAUGUCAGUUUGGAAAAAAAUGCCUUUGCAUCUGAGGAGUCAAGCUUUCUUAAUGUUCCUUCUGUGCUGAGAUCAGAAGAGAAGGCCUCAUCUCACAGAAAGGAGGAGGAUGCUCAUUUUCUAAGGGGCUGUACUGAUAGCAUGUCUUCCUCUGGUAACUCUGAAGACGUUAACAUGGUUACAAGUUCACAUAAUCUAAAAGAUAAUACUAAUUCUGAAAAAGUUACCAUAGAUCUCACACAUGAAGGUGUCCCCUUAAGUAACCAGCUAUCCCUUAAUAGCUCUUAUUUGGAAUUUGAAACGCCUAACCCAACAGGGGCAGAAGUGACCCCACUUCGGGAACAUUUUGGGAUUCCUACUGGGAAGGUAUCUCUUGAUUUCCCAACUACUGCCCAGUUUGACAAUCCUAGGGAAGCAGAGGCUGAAGCAGUUGCUGGGGCUCCAGUGUCAGUUAACAGCUCAAGCCAGCAGUGUUCUGAAGCCUCUGCUGAGCACUUAGAAGCAAGGAGAAGAGCACAUGACCAACUUAUGGACCCCAAAAGUGGUUUACUUAAAAAGGCUGAUACAUUAAUUGAUGAAAUUUUUAACUCUGUCAGAGAAGAACUAAAAUCUAAACCCCCAGUUGGAAUCUACCAGGGACAUACAGCCACAGAUGGUAUAAUGAAUCCAGGUACCCUGAAAGAAGACAUCCCUGAGAAAAACCCAUCAGAAGAAGUGACGCCAACAGGGAUCCAGGUGACAGACCAUUUGGAAGAGCAGGGCGUGGAAAACAUGUCAGAAAACAAAGGGGAAGAAAAGGCUGGUGUUUUAACUACAGUUGGUGAGAAGAGUCUCCUUUUUGAUUCUGAUAGAAUGAAUGUGUCUUAUUUGUUAGAAGAUCAAGCUAGGGAAUUAGUCGAUGAGGUUAUUUUUUCAGCCCAAGAAAAUGUGACAGAUGAUGCUUUUAAAGAUACUGAAGAUACCUGGAAUUCUGAACUUCAGGCCAGUACUUCAAAAAUUCUGAACAGUGGUAGUGUUAAGCCACGUGAUAGAGUUAGGGAGUUCCUGGUAUCAGAGCAAGCAGUAAAUCAAAGCACACAUGAAAUUAAUGAAAGUAAAAUAUUAAGUAGAUUCUUCUCUGUAAGUAACUUGGUUAGUGACACAGAGUCAAGUAAAGGAAGAGAAAUUGUUCUCUACCAAAAAUCCCCAUUUCCUGGAAAUGGAGUGGGGUAUUCUGAUAAUAUAAAUUCACAGGAAUCAGAUACUGUUUUACUAUCCGAAGACAUGCCCCAUGAAGAGUUAGAUGAUGGGGUAAAAACACAUUUACUUCUCAAAGAGGGCUGUAAAGAGAAAAUUGAAAUGGAGUGUGUGGAUAAUCACAAAACUGGGACAGAAGACACAAGAACUCUUGUAUUAAACUUCAGAUGGCCUCCAUUUGUAAAUGACGAUAUCCAUAUACCUGGCACAUCCAAAAGCAGCUUGUCUGAUAGUUUAGUAUGUAUAUCUGAAAAAAAUUUACUAGGACACAGUAGUAAAAGCACACCCCUUGCACUGUCAGAAGUAGGAAAAGUACACAAGAAGGAUACUGAAGUAAAUAUAGGAAAAAUUGAGCUUAUACCUUCCAUGUUAGAAAUGGGGAAAGCAAACAAAAAGGAUGCUGAACUGAAUAUUAUGAAGUUUGAGGCAGCGCCUCCUAUGUUAGGAAUGGGAAAAGCACAUAAAAAAGAUGCUGAAUUGGAUAGCACAAAAACUGAGCCAAGAGCUGACAUUUUUAACAAGGGAGAAGUGUGCCAAAUGGAUGCUAAGAGGUAUAUUGAAAAAAAUGAGGUAUUACCUGUCAUCUUAGGGAUGGAAAAAGCUUAUAAGAUGGGGGAUACUGAAGGGGAUAUUGGCAAAACUGAGACAAUGCCUGUUAUGUCUGAGGUGAAAAAUACCUACCAAAAAGAUGCUGAGGAGAUUACUGGGAAAACUGAAGUGAUACCUGUCGCAUCGGAAAUGGAAAAUAUUUGCCAAAAGGAUGCUGAAGGGGACAUUGCAAAAACUGAGAUGACACCUAUUCCAUUAGAAAUGGAAAUUAUUUACCAAAAACAUGCUGAAGGGGACAUUGGCAAGACUGAAGUGACACCUAUUACGUCAGAAGUGAGAAAUAUCUACCAAAAAGAUGCUGAGAGGAUUACAGAAAAUACUGAAGUGAUACCUGUUACAUUAGAAAUGGAACAUAUUUGCCCAAAGGAUGCCGAAGGGGAUACUGACAAGACCAAAGUGGCACCUGUUAUGUCAAAAGUGGAAAAUACCUACCAAAAAGAGUCUGAGAGGAUUACUGAAAACAUGGAAGUGAUACCUGUUACAUUAGAAAUGGAAACUAUUUGCCCAGAGGAUGCUGAAGGAGAUACUGGCAAAACUGAGGUGACCCCUGUUGUGUUAGAAGUGGAAAAUACCUACCAAAAGGAUGCUGAAGAAGUUAUUAGAAAUACUGAAAUGUUACCUCUUGUGUUAAAUGUGAAAGAAGCACACAAGGCAGCAUCUGCCUCUGCCUCUUCAGAAAUGGAAAAAGCAUACAAGAGGGAUACUGAAAAGACUAUUGGGACAAUUGUGUCCAUGCUCCCUGCCAUAGAAAUGGAAAGAACAUCCACAGAAGAUUCUGAUGGGAAUAGUGGGAAACAAGAAGCAUUAUCUACUAUGUUAAACAUUGAGAAUACUUACGGAGCAGGUCUGGAAUUGACCAUUACACAAGCAGAGGCCAUGCCUCCUUCCGAAUUUGAAGCCGAAAAAGUACCCCAAGUCUAUGCUGAAGUGAUUGUUGGAAAAAUGGAGGAAGAGCCACCUGGAAUAAAGGAAAGCUUGAUAGCCUGUGACAGUAGAUUUACAUCACAUUUCAGGGGCUAUGAAUCACCUACAUUAAGUAAGGAUUAUGAAGGCUACCCAGCCUUAGCAAUACCUGAUUUUCAACCUGAGGAUACCAUAGCAAGUCUAGACAAAAGAAUGUCUGUUACUGCAGUAUGUAACAAAAAGAGAGAUCUAGACUAUAGCAAUGAAAAAGAAGACUCAGACUUAGCCUUUGUUUCUCACGAUGAACAAGAAAAUCCAUCUUUUACUAUAUUAUAUGAAGAGCCCCUUCAAGAUGAGGACAAGUAUGCUUCUGCAGAAGUGAGAAGAACACGUUGUCUCUUGUUUCCUGAUACGUCCACUGACAGCAUGCCUGUUGUGGCAUGUGAAAGGUCUGAGAGUAGAACUGACCUUGUCCAUCAUUUUGAAAAGGACACUAAGUUAGGUGAGAUGUUUGAUAGUGAUAAUUCAGAAAUGUUCUUAUCAGUGGAGGCCAAAAGGUACAAAAUUUACCCAUUAGCUUUGUCUCCCAUCUAUGAGGAUGACAGCUCUCAGGAGGACAUUCUAUCCAGUGAGGUCUCACCUGGUCACCAUGGCUCCACAAAAUCAAGAGAGAGUACAAACCAGCCCUCUUCUGUUUUAUCACUUCUCCAGUCAGUGUCAGAGCGUUUAAAGAUGAACAUUGAUGAAGAUGGACAGGAGGCAGGGGAGGAAGGAGAAGAGGAGGAGGAAGAGGAAGAACUAGUGCAUAGAGGAAGUCUGAGAUCUCGAAGGAGAGAACACAUGAGCUUCCAGUUGCCAGAUUCUCCGAUUGCAUUUUACUCUGAGGAUGACCAGGAAACGACUGGACUUUCUAAGCAUUCAUAUGCAAUGUCAAAUGAACCUACUACCUCCAAUCUGCAAAUUGGUCUGUGGCCAGAAAAGACCUCAUUUCUACAAAAAUCAGACCUUACUUCUAAACUACAUUCUUCUUUGAAGAGUGCAUAUCAUCAGUAUUUGCAGGCUUCCAAAACCCAUUCCUCAGAAAAAGGAGCCAGAUUUGGUGGAAUUUUUCAGGAACCAGUAUCAAAGAGUUUCCAUGUUCAAGACAACUCAGCCAGAUUAAGUUUAUUCACAGAGAAUAUUGACAAGCAAACUCUGAGGUGUAUCCCAAGACCUGGGAAGAUGGUUAUCUAUGAUCUCCAUGGGAGUAAAUAUAAACAAGAAAUCUACAGUAAUAUUCCCGAUGCUACAUCAUGGUCCUUUCCAAAUGGGGUACUGAUAAAAGUUGUAAGGGGCUGCUGGAUUUUAUACGAGAAGCCACAUUUCCAAGGUCAUAAAUGUGUGUUAGAAGAAGGCGAAAAGGUGUUAAAUCGUGACUGGAUUCUUCAGAACAGAAAACAUCCACAAAGAAACUUUGUAUUGGGUUCUAUCAAACGUGUCUUGAAGGACUGCAGCAUUCCAGAGAUAGAGCUUUGUUCCCAGUCUGACCCAGCAUGUUGUCCUGUCUACAUACAGCGAGCAGUCCCCAAUUUGGAAGAACUGAAUAUCCCCAAAUCUGUGUCCUUCACUGUGAAGUCAGGAGUUUGGCUUGCCUACCCAGAUAUUAAUUUUAAGGGGCAAGCUACAGUUUUAGAGGAAGACUGUGGCCUCUUUGAAAUUUCUGCAACUGAAAUGAAAUCAUUACAUCCACUUCAAAUGGGUGGACUGAAAGUGGAAAUGCCUAUGAACCUAAAGGUUAUUAUUUAUGAAAAACCUCACUUCUUUGGACAGGCCAAAGAUUUUAGUGAACAUAUAGAUUCUAUUCCUAAUUUUUUAAAAAACGACAGGGAUUUUCAUGGAAUUGGAUCAAUUCGUGUCAUCGGUGGCGUGUGGGUUGCCUAUGAAAAAGAACAUUUUAAAGGCCAGCAAUUCCUGCUUGAAGAAGGAGACUUUGAAGACAGCAAUGCCUGCGGGGCACUAAGUGGUCCCAUCUUAUCUUUCCGGUACUUACAAGCUAAUUUUAUAGAAUCUUCCAUCAUGCUGUUUGAAUCUGACCUAGAGAGUGGGAAGUUCAUUGACAUUACAAAUCAGGAAAUUUCUGAUUUGGAAGAAAUUGGGUUUGGGAGUGAAACAAGAUCCAUUCACGUUAAAAGUGGAGUAUGGGUUGCCUACCAGCAGAAAUUCUUCUGUGGAGAACAAUACAUUUUAGAAAAAGGGAAAUAUAAAUGCUUUUUUGACUGGGGAGGAUCAAAUAAUACAAUCAUGUCAAUACGACCUAUCCGACUGGAACCACUUGGGAUAAAUGAGCCUCCACAUUUGCUGAAAGCAUUCAGUAAACCAGGAUUCCAAGGUGAAUGUGUAGAUUUUACAAAAGAAAUUUCUGAUUUGACUUCAUUCACACCAUGUUCUUUUAAAGUUCUUCGGGGUUGCUGGCUCCUGUAUUACCAAGGGGACAUUUCUGAUAAUCAUUGUGUGUUAGAAGAAGGCCUCUAUGCUGACCUAACUUCCUGUGGUUGUCCAACAUCUGAAGUCAAAUCCCUCAAACCCAUUGACUAUGCUUUUGAAGAACCUUCCAUCAGCCUUUUUGCUCUGGAACAUUGUGAGGGAAGAGAGCUACAUCUGGAAGAGGCUGUGAACUCUGUUCUGAAUAAGGACCUGCACUUCUACACCCAGUCCGUGUGGGUGAAAAGUGGACUGUGGAUAGCUUAUGAAGGAUCCAAUUUCUUAGGAAGACAAAUCCUUCUGGAGCCUAGUGAGAUUCCAAAUUGGACAGCAUUCAGUGGAUGGAAAACAAUCGGUUCCCUCCGUCCUAUGAAGCAGGUAAGGAGAAAAGAACCGUAAGAUCGAAUUUUCUGGUAGAAAUAUCAUAAACCACAGCAUCUGAAAUAUUGACCCUCUAAUUUAGUUUGUCAUAUAUGAAGCAGGUGCGGGGUAGGGGGAGUAGGAUGGGAAAUCUUACAGCUUUGAACAAACAUAAAAAAUUGUAUGUAAGGCCAGCAUUGGAUUUUAGGUUUGAGUCCAAAGUCUUACUAACUUUGCAUGGAAAAAUAAGAUAUUGU